UCUCAAAGCCUUCAUCAAAACCCAACAUUCAAAUUUCAUAUACUCGAGCUAAGUUAAGUGAUUCAACAUGGCGAGGUACUACAACGACUACUAUUCUUACUGGGAUUACUUUCCCCCUCUCCAACUUUGCUUCUUUAUCUCCAUCCUCUUCUUCAUCUUGGGCUUUACAUGGUACAUAAACUACGAGUCCAUGUUCGAGGACAUGAUGUUUCAGGUCAAGCUCUUCUUCCUGCUCAUCCCCCUAAUUCUGCUACUCCUCGUUCACUUCUUGUCGGGUGGUAUAUCAUUUUUGCUGCCGUACCCGGAGCAGGACUCGCUGCACAGAGUCGGAGCCGGAGGGUCUCCGACUCCGUGGGGUGUCGGAUUUUUGCUGGUGUUCCUUUUGUUCAUGAUCUCUUACCAGUCUUCUAUCCAUGAACGUUGGUUUCCCUUAUACAGUAAGUAGAUGAUGAAUAUGAUCGAAUGGGGGUGUUGAUGUAUAAUAUUAUUAGCUAGCUGUGUAUAAAUCGGCCAAAUGGGUAAUCUUUAUGUAACGGUAAUUUUUGUAAUAGUGCUUAAGAGUACUAAUUAAAGCUCUGGUUUAGUGCCUUUUCCUUGUUCUUUUUGGUAUUCAAUACUAGCUAGCUACUAAACUGCAAAGCUGCUUUUGUUUCUAGAUUAUUAAUUUGUAUGUAGCUUAUUAGUGUUUCUGGAAAUACAUAUGAUAUAUAUGUGUUCCUGUGUACUCCUAGUUAUGUGUGCGUUGGUAUAUAUAUGAUCGUGUUCUUAUGAUU